AUGUGGCAACGUCUAAGCGGACUAAAAACGCGCGGCGCAGAGUACAAUAUGACAAGAAUUUUAUAUAGUCGAUGAAGACUUCCUUUUUUUUUUUACUUUUAUAUCAAUAUAAAAAUUUCAGGAACUUGGUAUUAUUCCGAGUAUACGUCUUAUAUAUUUUUUAUUACUUGUAGUUUGUGUGAUAUAUAUAGCAGCAACGAAACACAAUGAACUCUGUACAAGUGGAUUUGUUCGAUAUAGCAAAGCACAUGCUGGAUAAAUAUGAAUUUGAGGAUUUGUCGGCGCCCGACCUGCUCGAAAUGGCGGGUGUCAGCCAACAUGGUAUGGCUACAGCUAGUGGCCUCAACGAUUAUGAUUACCAGACGUUGUCCAGUUUGUCAAUGGGCCAUAAGCAGUUAAAUCAAGUACAGACCGUAAACAAAAUUCCUAUACCACCCGAAAUACUAGAACAUUUUAAACACAUAAAAUGCCAUUGUAUGAUGGGGCUCUUUCCCGAAAUUGGACGCGCAUGGUUGACUAUCGAUUCUGAGAUAUACAUUUGGACCUAUGAGCAAGUGCGCGAUGUUGCCUAUUACGAUGGAUUAAACCAUUUAAUUGUGAGCGUCGGUUUGGUGAAACCAAAGGCAGGUGUUUUUAUAAACGAUGUUAAGUUCCUUAUGAUAUUAACGACUCCAAUAGAAAUAGUAAUUUUGGGAGUCACAUUUGGUGAUGCAACAAAAACUAUUUCAUCACCCUCGCGUAAUAUACCGAGCAGAACCACAUUCCAAGAGAUGCAAUUGAUGAAUAAACCGAUAUUUAUACUAGGCACUGAUAAUGUUGCCAUUAAUGUUGUACAGGGUAGUAACGAUGGCCGGAUAUUUCUUGGUGGCCGCGAUGGUAAUCUUUACGAAAUUGCCUAUCAGGCAGAAUCAACGUGGUUUGGAAAAAGGUGCAAGAAAGUGAACCAUUCACAAAGCAUUAUCUCAUAUAUAGUCCCUAGCUUUUUAAAAGUAUUUUCAGAAAUUGAUCCUAUUGUGCAUUUGGCUAUCGAUAAUAGUCGCCAAUUGCUAUAUGUUCUAACCGAAAAGGGUUCUAUCGAAGCUUGGGAUAUGGGUAGAGACUGCAACACAAUGCGACGCAUAGCAAAACUCACGCAGAAUGAAAUUGUUCAAAGCGCUAGCAACAUUGUCAAAACAGUUGACCCUUCAGUUUUCAAGGGUAUUAAAUCUAUAUGUCCUCUUUCCAUAGAUGAUUGCGCUAAUUUGCACUUAUUAGCUGUUACCCAAUGCGGAGUGCGUCUUAGCUUUUCUAUAACAUUUUUAACACUAACACAAAUGCAACAAAUGAGUCAAAUAUUGCCAUCGGUAUCCCCGAUGGUUCAACAGCAGUCACCCACUAAAGUACCAGCUGGCACGUGUCCAAAUAGUAGUUUGCCACCAUCACCUGCCUCGUCUAUUAAAUGUCCACCAGAUCCGAAACGGCAUUCAGGAUUAUAUCUCAUUCAUGUCCGUCUCCCUCCGGGCUACACACCUAAUACAACUGUUAACAAACCUAGACAGGUUCAUUCGGCUCACUACAGUGAAGGCACAUUGCUAUUAGCAUCAACUCCGCAACAGGAUCAAGAUAUACUCUGGUCCAUUAGCUCAGCCCCUUUUCCUCAUCGCCCUUAUUUGACCGAAUCAACAACAAUUAUUCCUCUAGACGGAAUAGUUUGGAAUCUGGCUGAGAUACCCGACCGGUGUAAAGCUAAUUUACAAUCACUUUUGCGUAGAGCACAAAAAUCAAAAAAGGUUGUACUGUUAACAAAUCAGGGAGCACACAUUAUAGCGUUGUUAAAACCAGUCGACAUAUUGCAACAGUUGCUAACAGCGUGUCAUGGUCCGCAUCAUGAGGCCGUAAAAGCAUUUUUCCGCGUUCAAGGUGAACGAGAAGCUUGCGUUACAGCGUUGCUGCUGGCUUGUACCGAACAAUACCGUUCUAGCGAUUUGGCUAUGUGGGCUGCUCAAGCAUUUAUGUUGUACGGUGGUGAACCAUCACUAUCUAAUCAAAUGCUUGGCAAUAUACCUGGCGGGUUCAAUAAAUUGCCAUAUCAAAAUAUUUCGAUGACAAUGGGAUCAACAGGUAUGGAGCAUAGACAGUCGCCGCAAAUGUUCAUGUCAACGCCAAUGACUAAUCCUUAUGGUGGAGUUAUUCCUAAUCGAACGCUGAACGCUACUCAAAUGCAAGGAACCUUUCAGCAAUCGCAUUAUCCUUUAAGCCCAGUGGCUAAUCAACCUGCAGGCAUAGCUGGUGUUAAUGAUUUGAAUGCUCCUGUUGUCUAUUCGUCCAAACAUGAUGGUUUAUAUUUGUACGUGACGCGUUUAGUGCGCCCUAUAUGGAAAUUGCGUUGCACUGACAGCAACCUCAAUAGUAAUCUUAACCAAAAUGAUUGUACGCUCAUUCUGGAGGAAUUAUAUGCGAUUAGAAAUUUUUUGGAAGCAAACUCAGUGAAUGAACUUUCCUGUACAUUGAGGAAUUACAGCGCUCAAGCUACGAUGUCGAAUGGUUACGGAUCUUCAAUACAAAGUACAAAUAUGGCUGCUAACGAUCCACAUUUAAACGCCGUUGAGCAAGCUCAAGCAGAAGAAAAACGUUCAUUAACAGCGUUAAAUUAUUUCAUAAAACACUUAUGUGAAGUAUUUGCAUUAUGGAAAAUUCUUUGCGAACACCACUUUAAUUUAUUGGCUUGUCAGCUUUCAAAGGAUCAGCAGUGCCUAUUGGCUUCGUCUACCUUCCGGGAUCUUAUAUUAUCGGGUUCCGAGUCAUGUGUACUUCUAAUUUUUUCCCUAAUUCACUCAUAUCUAAAAGACAACGCUAGCGUCGGCAAUAUAUCGGCUAAAUUACGUGACGUCUGUCCAAAUUUGUACCGUCAUGAGGAUGCAGUGUCAUUUAAGGCCACGGAAAUAUUGAUGAAUGCUAAGAAUUGCACUUUUCCUGAAGAAAAAGAAGAGAAACUUCGUACAGCUCUACAACUAUGUAAGGACGCUGCUCCUAAUCUACCAUUACAAAAUAUUUGUCAACAGUUUACGCUAAGCGGCUUUUAUGAAGGGGUCAUUGAAUUGACGAUUGCUUGUGCCUGUAAAAUAGAUCCUGAGGAGUACGGAAUUCAUUACUAUCAAAGCGAUGAACCGGCAGAAGAUAGCGAAGGCUACGCAGCUUAUGCAGCCAGAAUGAAUUGCUAUAAAGAAGUACGCGUAAUGCUCGAUCAAGUUUAUCAGUCCGUGUGCAAUGCCAAUACUAAUAAGGAAUAUUCAAGAGAAAAUUGCCAAGAAAUGAAUUUAAACGAUCAGAUUGAAAAGAUUGCCGUAAUGGCUGUUAAAACGAAAGAUCCGCUUUUGCAUGUCUGUGUAUAUGAGUGGUUGAUGGUGCAUGACAUGUUGUCUGAGUUGCUAGCUCUUAGCGAGCAAUCUUUAGGUGAAUUUCUGCGACGCAGCGUCAUACGGACGCCCGACAACUUGAAACUUAUCGAUUUAUUAUGGAAAUAUUAUGAAAAGAAUGAUCAUCACGUACAGGCGGCCCGUAUUUUAGAUAAUUUAGCAUCAACCCAAAGUGAAAAUAUUCCACUCGAACAAAGACUUGAAUAUCUGGCUCGUGCUGUUAUGUGCAUGCGCAACGAAUGCGUUGGCUAUUCAAUUACAAAUGGAGUGCUGCUUAAGGAGCUGGAAGAUAAGCUCGAAAUUGCCAGAGUACAAAAGACAGUUCUUGAUGCUGUUUCUGAGUUGGUGGGCACCAAUGUAAAUGCCACAAAAGCCAUUAGUAAUUUAAAUGGGAAUCUUUAUGAUAUAACUCAGUUAUAUGAAAAUUUCGCUGAUCCUUUCAAUUUAUGGGAAUGCAAACUAACAAUUCUCAACUGUUCGCACCAUAACGAUCCUCUGUUAAUUGAAUCCGUUUGGGGAAAAAUUAUCAACGAAGCAGUAGAAAAUGCCAAUUCGGUCGAACAGGCCUGCACCCGUUUAUUUACAAAAGUAGAAACUCUAGUCAAGGAAUUCGGCGAAUCAGGGCAUUGCUUUCCAUUAGCUUUUAUAAUAAGAGAAUUGGAAGUUAAAGCGUGUCAAUUACGUUUCCCCGAAGGAAUAGUCCCAGAAAAAUUAAUUGCUAUGAAUCUGGACAUUGAACUUCUUAUGGAAUACUAUUCAAGAAUGAUUUCCAUUAACGAACGAAUUUGGGCAAAUGAAGGCAACGCAUGGCAGCUGGUGCAGUCAUCAAUCUGUAUUAUCACACUUUUAGCCAAAAAUAUCCAUACAUUGUGCUCUCGUACAAGGCGACGCAUAGUAAUUGGAAAAGCUCAAGAUACGGUUUCAACUUGCCUUAAUUUAUGUUAUCAAAAACCUGGCACCGAAAGUAUGCAACGAGCCUUAAAAGAAUUACAAUGUCGCCUGCAACGUAAUCUAGCUUAGAUGCAACCAACUGCCAGCACUAAUCGAUACAAACCAAUAAUAUUGAUUUUUGUAUUGUUAUUCUAUUAUUAUUAUUAUUACUAUUAUUAUUAUUAUUAAGUUUCUUGCAU